GAGAGAGAAAAGAUGGGAAGAGAUUUGUGUGGAAUGGAAGGUGGGUUUGUUUCAAGGUUGAAAAACUCAUGGACCAAAAUGGAGAAAGCCUUAAACGAUGCAGUUUCAAAGAGCUUUGUUGGAAGAUACUUCAAAUUAGAAGCAAGGAAAACCUCCUUCACAACAGAACUACGUGCUGCCACUGCCACUUUUCUCACCAUGGCUUACAUCAUCACUGUCAACGCCACCAUCCUCACCGCCUCCGGAGGAACCUGCUCCGCCGCAGACUGCUCUGCUCCGGCGGGUCCAGACUGUGUGCUGAAGCCUAAUGCUGGAUAUGAAAGUUGUCUUGCAAAGACAAAGAAUGACUUGGUUGUAGCCACUGCUGUAACAGCCACGGUUUCAUCCGUGGCUAUGGGACUCUUAGCCAACCUUCCUUUAGGGUUGGCUCCAGGUAUGGGACCCAAUGCUUAUUUAGCUUUUAACUUGGUUGGUUAUCAUGGAAGUGGGUCACUCUCAUUCCAAACUGCACUUGCUGUGGUUUGUGUUGAAGGAUGUGCUUUUCUUUUAGCUUCUGCUUUUGGCUUAAGGGGAAAGCUUGCUAAGCUCAUACCUCAUUCAGUUAGGCUUGCUUCUGCUGCUGGGAUUGGGCUUUUCAUUGCCUUUGUGGGCUUGCAAGCUAACCAGGGUGUUGGGCUUAUUGGGCCUGAUCCUUCCAAUCUUGUCACCAUCAUGGCCUGCAAAAGCACUGACCCAGAAACUGGUGCAUGCUUGGGUGGAAAAUUGCAAAACCCAAAGUUCUGGCUUGGCCUUGUUGGUUUCCUUAUUACAAGUUAUGGAUUAAUGAAGAAUGUCAAGGGUAGCAUGAUUUAUGGCAUUGUUUUUGUAACUCUUGUGUCUUGGUUUAGGCACACAGAGGUGACUUAUUUCCCUGAUACCCAACUUGGUGAUGCAAAUUACAACUAUUUCAAGAAAGUGGUUGAUUUUCACAAGAUUAAAUCCACUGCUGGGGUUCUUAGGUUCAGUGAUUUUAACAGGAGAGAAGUUUGGGAGGCCUUGGCUACAUUGUUCUAUGUUGAUGUGCUAGCCAUAACUGGCACCAUGUACACCAUGGCAGAGAUAGGUGGUUUUGUUGAUGAAAAAGGGAAUUUUGAAGGUGAAUACAUGGCUUACAUGGUUGAUGCAGCUGGCACCAUUGUGGGUUCUGCUUUGGGUGUUACAACAACAGCAACAUUUGUAGAAUCAUCAGCUGGGAUGAGAGAGGGUGGUAGAACAGGAUUAACGGCUGUGAUCAUUGGGUUAUUCUUCUUUUUCUCAUUGUUUUUCACUCCCUUAUUGGCUAGUGUUCCUCCAUGGGCUAUAGGACCUUCACUAGUGCUUGUUGGGGUAAUGAUGAUGAAGGUUGUGAAGGACAUAGAUUGGACCAACAUAAAGGAUGCAGUACCUGCUUUUGCUAUAAUGCUACUCAUGCCUCUCACUUAUUCCAUAGCAAAUGGGAUUAUUGGUGGGAUUGGUCUCUACAUUGCUCUUAGCCUCUUUGACUAUGGUGCUAGCACCAUAAAUUGGUUAAGGAAGAUGAGGAGAAUGGUGAUCAAGGAACAAAACCAAGUGUCUGCUACAGCAGGUGUUGAGUCAACAGUGGAAAUGAUAUGAGAUAUUGUUGUGGAGUAAUUAGAAUUUUGGUUAUCAUUUAUGAACUUAUGGUAUUAGUUUUAGAACUCCUUGUUUAUAGAUUUUAGAUGCUAUUUUAUAGGUCGCUAGUUCAGAGACCUAUAUAAUAGCAUCUGUCGUCAUCGUAUAUUUAUUUUAUUAGCAUGAUAGCAGCCUCCUGAGUUGGGAGGGUGGUUUGUAUUUAUUUA